CAGUUAUCUGCCCUGUCUGAUACCUCGCAUGCAGCAAGAAAAAAUGAAGAUGCCAGGCUGUUGCAGAGGUUUAUGCUGAUAAUAUCAUAUCCCAGGGAGUUAUUGACGCGUAUGUACACAGCGCGGUGUAUAUGCUACGAAGGAAACUGUACAGACUCAAGAGAGACGUUCCUAUUCAAAAUCGAAGAUGUAGAAAAAGCUGGGCAGGCAAGAGAUGCCUUGGUGGUGCAAUAUCGGAAACGAGUUCCUCAGCGCAUAGUGGCAAACUGUUGUCUGUCAUCCUUACCCUCUGGAAAAACGGCGUCCGUGACAGCAACGCUAACUUUAGCAAUCUGGUAGUAUACCGGACCUCGGGUGGUCAAGUGACUGGCGUCUUCAGCAACUUCGCCUUAUCAUCGACUCGAGAUAUUUCCCUAAGGCAGGAGCGUGCAAGGAUAGUACCUUUCGCGGCGCCUGGCGUUCUCAGUGGUAUUACAAAGACAGUCAUCGAAGACAAGCACCUGUAUCAGCACGACAAUGAAUCAUUCAUAUGGGUCCUCACCUGGGUCCUCUUUUCGUUACAAAAAUGGCAAGCUCCUGAGAAAGGGAAGGUCGCUCGAUGGAUGGAAAGUGUAUACCGUUUAAACGCCACCACAAGAAAACUGGCUUCUUAACAACACAUCAUCACAAAAUGAGACCCUCGCGAUCUCAGAAAAAAUCGGGAACUUGCGAUUUCGUGUCUUCGUUCUCUCGCCUUAUUUAAUGCGGAUGACCCUGAACGCACGGUGGAUGACUAGGUCGUAUUUCGGACGUGACUCAGGGAGCACAUACUCGAGGCAAAGCUACAGUAACUUUAUAGCGUGUGCUAGUCACCGAGUUUGCAUGCAGUCUGCCCAAAAUUCCUAUUUUCUAGAUGAUAUGGUCCAACUUGAAUCUGAAGUUUCUUAGGACGAUUUUACGAAAUUCUUCUCCCGAUGAUCACAUUAUUGGAUAGGGUCGCUCCCACCUGGGAGUAGCGCUUACGGUUUAUGCUUAUCCGCGCUUAUGCUUCGUAACGCACC